AUGGUGAUGAAUAAAGAAGGCUUGAAUCCCAGCUCACCUUUUGAGCAAAAAAGGAAAAAUAUGGUUGACGAUCUCUGUUUCAUAACCAAGGAUGGCUCAACAAUAAAACCUCCGAAGAAAUCUCCAUUGGUGUUAAGGAUGGUCGUCUUGCUUUUUGCCAUGGUCUGUGGGGUUUAUAUGUGUUCAAUCUGCAUGAGGCAAAUAAAUGCACGUUCUAAUGGACGCGUAUUGAGUGUUAAAGUGGUAGAGAGGCCUUGUGAAGUACCUGUCAUUCAACCAUCUGAAAAAUAUUACGUGCAUUUCCCCAAGCCAAAGACUUUUGCCAGGGCCGAGUGUGCGUGCAAUCCUGUGCAAUAUUUUGUGAUUUUGUCUACACAAAGGUCUGGGAGUGGAUGGUUUGAAACGAUGUUAAACAGUCAUAUUAACAUUAGCUCCAAUGGAGAGAUUUUCUCGAAUAAGGUUCGAAGAAGUAAUGCAUCAUCAAUUGUUGAGACAUUGGAUAAAAUCUAUAAUUUAGAUUGGUUGACUAGCGCCUCCAAGAAUGAGUGCACAGCUGCAGUUGGACUGAAAUGGAUGCUUAAUCAGGGUUUGCUGCAACAUCAUGUAGAAAUAGUGGAAUACUUCAAAUCUAAAGGAGUUUCAGCAAUUUUUCUUUUCAGAAGGAAUCUUCUGCGACGGAUGAUUUCAAUUCUAGCAAAUUCUUAUGAUCAGAAUGCCAAACCACUGAAUGGGACACACAAAUCUCACGUGCAUUCACCCCAGGAGGCCGAAAUCCUCGCAAGAUAUAAACCCGAGAUCAAUACAACAUUGCUGAUACCCAAUCUGAGGCAAGUGGAAGAGAUGGUUACAAGAUCUCUAGAGUAUUUCAAGAGCACUCGACACAUUAUCCUUUACUAUGAGGACAUAAUAAAGAACAGAACUAAACUGUUAGACGUUCAAGAUUUUCUAAGGGUUCCUCGAAUGGAUCUAAAUAGUCGUCAGGUGAAGAUACACAAAGGGUCGUUAUCUUCGCAAGUUCAGAACUGGGAUGAAGUCGAAAAGACACUCAAUGGAACACAGUACGAGAGCUUUCUAUACGAAGACUAUAAAAUGUCAUAG